GUGAUAUUUCCGUCACUUGAGGAUGGCGACUGCUGCCUUCGGCGAGCGGAGUGUUUCGGGAAAUAGUUCAGUUAGUCCUCACAAAGACCACCUGCGGAAGAGUAAAGAUUCGCGUAGGAGACAGGCUGCCCUCCUGUUUCUUAAUAAUAUCUCACUUGACGGACGGCCUAUUUACCACUACAGCAAUGGGGAGAACGAUGAGAAAGAGACGGAAUUUCAAGGUUCCGAAGCCGGAGAGGCAGCAGGGAGACUCGGUGCGGCUAGCAGCUAUGGGACCUUCCCCGGUCUGUCACCCUCCGCCAGCAGUAGCUCCUGUAACACCGCACCGAGGAUCGGGGUUUUCAACGUCCCCCCGAUUCGGGUUCUGCCCACGGACUCAGACUUUAAUGCUGUUGAAAGGGGUGAAAUGUUCCUGGAGAGGGACCGGGGCGCUUUCUCGUCCCAGGGGAAUCUUCUCUCCCCGAGCGGGCAGACUCUCCUAGGGGCUCGCAAAUCGCCGACCCUGCUUUCGGUGCAGACUUUCAAUCCGAUGACUCUGGAUUCCAGGCAAAGGUCACGCACCCUGUCAGGCUCCACCAGGCCGAGAGCUGUAAAGAAGGUGCAUUUCAUCAAGAACAUGAGGCAGUAUGACACUCGCGGGAGCAGGAUCGUGCUGAUAUGUGCCAAAAGGUCACUGCUGGCCGCCUUUUCAGUGCUGCCGUACGGUGAGAGCUUCCACAUCAGCGAACCACAGCUGGACAUUCCAAGGCACAGGCGCUCCUCUACCACAACCCUGGAGAUGUUCCCCGGUCUGGACGGUGUGGAGCUGGGUGUAUACGGCAAGACCGUGUCCUACGCCAGGUUCCUGUACCCAACCAAUGCCUUGGUGAGACAGAAGAACGCACCAAUAGACAUCACUAUACAAAUGCCCAUCUCUCGCACCAGUACUCAGAAGAAUUGUGCACCUUCUAGGCCCAGCAGCACCGUAGGUUUGGACAUGGGUGGGGAUGAUGUUUUGGAGUAUGACCCCAAUCUGCUGAGUGACCCCCAGUGGCCCUGCGGAAAGCACAAGCGGGUUCUCAUAUUCGCCUCUUAUAUGACAACUGUUAUAGAAUAUGUGAAACCGUCUGAUUUGAAGAAGGACAUGAAUGAGACGUUUAAGGAGAAGUUUCCACACAUCAAGCUGACGCUGAGCAAGAUUAGAAGCCUGAAGCGAGAGAUGCGAGCUGUUAGCAACGAAUGCGGCCUGCAGCCUGUCACCGUGGCGAUGGCCUUUGUGUACUUCGAGAAGCUCGUGCUCCAAGGGCGACUCAACAAGCAGAAUCGCAAGCUAGUGUCUGCUGCAUGCGUGUUGCUGGCUGCCAAGAUCAGCAGUGACCUUCGGAAGCCUGAGGUCAAGCAGCUCAUCGAUAAACUGGAGGAGCAGUUCCGCAUCAAUCGGCGGGAGCUGAUCUCCUUCGAGUUCACAGUCCUGGUGGCCCUAGAGAUGGCGCUAUACCUUCCCGAGAGCAAAGUCAUGCCACACUACCGUCGGCUGGUGCAGCAGCCCUGAUCAGGGGGCCCGCCUGCCAGCGAAUGCAGACAAGGUCAGACAAGGUCACCAAGAAGCAGAGCGACACCCCAGAGCAGUCAGACACAACAGGAUCUCUAACGGAUGGGCCGCUCCACACCUCGAACCCGGGUUCCAUCCAGCUCUGCCAGCAGCUUUCAUACAAUCAAAGACAUUCUUUGUUGUUCCUGAUAAUCAUACGGUUUUUAUUUGCUGUCGUGUCUUUCUGAAAUCACAUCUGUUAAUGCUACACACAUAUGUUUCAGUUUACGCAAUACCAGAUUUUAUUUGUUACUGCUCCACAUGCUUGAUGGUACGUGAUGUACAGCCAGGCUUCUACUACCUGGAGAUCUAGUGUCUCCGGAGUCCAGCUCUGGUAAAGAGAAUGACAACCAUUGUUUGCAGAAAUGUCCAUUUUUUCCCCAGACACAUUUCUGAAAAAAAGAUAGUCUGAAAAGAAACAUUUGGUCCCCACAAUGUAAUAUAAACAUAAUCCAUACACACACACAUUCAUUUUCAUAUCUCAGUGGGACCAUCCAGUCCCAACUAUGACAACCUUACCCAGAUCUAUUCUGAACCAAAAGUAAUCAAACAAAAUAUAAGACGUUUGACAUUUAUAGUUUUUUUGAAUGCAGUCACAGAUUUUUAUAAAAUAGAGUUUCCACUUGUGGAGCCCUAAAAAUAAAAGAUCAAAAUAACAAGCUAUUAUUACAUUGUGGGGUCAUUUACUCAUGUAUAGACACGUAUACACUACUGGUCAACAUUGUGGAAACACUUGCAAUUUUUAGAGACUGCUGAACUUUAUUCAACUAUUGGUCAAGUUACUUAUUUAAUCAUGCAGUGUAUGAUAUUUGUCACAUUCUUUGAUCGUUGUAAACAUCACCACCAAUAUUUGUGUAGUAAUUUUUAGAGCGUAAUGCCAAAAAUGCUAGGUGUGUCGACACAUACACACAUUUUCCCGGUAUGGUCAUAUAAUUUUAUCAAGAAGCGUACUGUUGUAUGUUUGUUAAUAUUUCAGAAGGGAGACUUAUCCAGUGUUUCAAGUAACUCUAGCAUUUGGAGGGCCUUGCUGUGUUUAUUUAUUUUCCUCUCUUAAUAUCCAAUUAUUUAUGCUUUUGUCAAUGUUUUAUAUUAUUUAUUGCAGUUCAUUAUUAUUUCUAGGUGUCACUGUUUAACCUUUAGCUUUAUUAGAUGCUCGUCCUGUUUAUGUGAAUCCUCGUUCUUCCAAAGCAGCACUGCGGCCCCCGUCGUGUUAGGCGAAGCUCUCUAUGUUAGAGGUGGCCUUUUUAUCCCUUAUCAGCACAUUUUUAGUGCUAAUCUACUGCAUCUUUCACUUCUCUUCCUUUAACACCCCCGCCCCCAGUUUGUGAACGUGCCAUUGCAUCACCCUUCUACCUGAACGCUUAUCAAUUGUAUUUUAGUUGUCAGGUUAAAGGGAGCACAGCCAUUUCAGUUUUAUUACUGCGGUGAAUUUCAUGUACUUAAGUAAAAAAGGGAUGACGUGGAUUUUUUUUUUCUUUUUCUUUUUAUAAAGCCAUAUACAGUCGUUUCCUAGGUGACGCAAAAACUGUCGGUUUACUGUGGAGAAAACUGCGCAACAUAUGAGACAAGUUGAUUUGUGUACAUUUUCCAUCCUGUCACGUUCGAUAAGUGGUAGAAGAGUUUUCCUUUUAAAUUCUAAUCCUCAACGACAUUUGCCCUUCCUGCAUUUGAAAAACUAGAUAUUUACACAAUUCCUGUACUGUGAUGAUUUGAGGUUACACGUUGGUUUCCUCUUCGCUCAUGAUUUUAUGGAGGAAAAAUCUUCCACUGUGCCCAGUGUUUUCAUUGCUCUCACAUUUAAAUGCAUGGAACGAAAUAUUGAGCUAUAAUAUAGCUAGCGCCACCUUGUGGUGAUAACUGCAAUAAGCAACUCGAUAACGUGACAGAGGAAAGUGUUCCGUAGUUCAGUCAGCCAUUGUGUUUAUUUUCCCUCAGGAAAUAUUGUCAUUCACUACAAAGAGUGCAUUUUACUAAGCUGAAUGCAUUAUACCUGUUUUAGUUUGGCCUUAGAAAAUACUGUAGCCAAAGUCUGAUAAGUAAAUGAUUUAUGGUUGUGAGAAGAGUGCUACUUCCUUAAUUAUCAGUAGAGGUGGAUUUAAUUACUGCUGCACUAUAUAAAUAAUAAAAACACCUGGAAACUUCUUAUCUAUGUUAGGUAUUCCCUCAGGGAUGGAGGCAUAUCUAAUAGAGAAAGAUAUCAUUUAUUUUCUGAAGCAAGGUGUCCAGUGUAUCGCUAUUGCCAGGAGAUGUUUAAAUUUGUAGCUUGUUUUAUUUAACAGUUUGAGUUUGAUUUUUGUGAUUUAAGAGAACAAUCAAGUCGUACCAGUAGCUCAUGCUGGAGGAUUUUGAUGACGUUAAUUCGGAGAUGACAAAGAUUUUUGCAUUAAUUUUCUGCAGAUAUGAAUGGCACAUUGUCAAUACGUACACAGACACACUAACAGUGCAUUCCAUUACAAAGUGCCUGAAACAGAAGGUAUUGAUUCACCUUUUAAACUGAUUUGGUCAAACACACUUCUCAUUUGUUCAUCGGUAGUGACCGUAACGAGGCAGCACUCACGCAUAGGGACGGAUUACGGACCGGGCCAGCAGGGCCGCUGCCCAGGGGCCCUUGGGGUGCAGGGGGCCCAUGGGGCCCCUAGCCCAAAACAAUUUGCAACGCUUAUCAACAAUGUAUUUUCGUUUGUCUAUUUUAGAGGGCCUAUAUUCUUUGAUCCUCUGCCUACAAGGGCCCCUAACCCUGUAGGGAGGGUGUUUGGCUGCCAAGGGCCCUUGAAUUGUGGUGGUUGUUUUGGUGGUGCUGGUGGUGGUGCUGGUGGUGGUGGGGGGGCCCUCGCGAACGUUUUGCCCAGGGGCCACACAACCCAUAAUCCGUCCCUGCUCACGCAUAUGCAUAUGUGACACUGUGACUUUUAAGGACAAAAGCUUUGGCAUUGUGGUAACCAUGGUGCUUCCAAUACUAAUAUAAUACUGGGUGGGUGGAAAUUGAAAAGCUGUAAAUGAUUUUUCCUUGUAGCAAAUCCCUUUUCAAGUUUAACUAUCGACCCUGCUUUUGUGGCAAGUAUAGUAUCAUUUUUAAAUGCAGGUAAAGGGAUAAUUAUAACGUGUAUUAAGCAUGGUGUUGGCGCGUAAUCAGCCCACUGCUCAUUUUAACUGAAGAUUUAUCCCUUUCCCUCUGUGUAUUACUGUGCUUUACGUGAUCACGUCAUGUAUCGUUAAUGCACCCUGAUUUCCAUUUUUUCUCUGUAUAACAGUUUGAUUUAGAUCAUUGUACUAGUUUGAAUGACUUUUUGAGGCAAAAUAUAUUUUUCUGAAUAUUGA